AUGAGCCUUCUGGGAUCAAUGAUGCAUGCAUUGCAAAGGGUUGGCAGUUACAGGAGGUCUUCCAAUUCACCUCAAAACUCUUCAGCACUUACGGGAGCUAACGGUGCCAAUAUGCUUGCUCCCCCGUCUCCCUCUAAGGCUCUGACGACUGGCGCAUCUACCGACAUUCCCACAACAGCGACCUCCCGUAGUUUUAAGGCACCAUCAACUCUGCAGGUGCCCACAUUCGACCAGACCUCAAAGGAACUCACUUUUCCCAACUCUGUUGACCAACAAAAGAAGAACACUCGGGAUUCAAUGCAAGUCAAAGAUCCUGAUAUCACUGAACCUAGCAGUGAAAUUUCUGAGGAGAUCCCCUUGAAACAAUCACAUGGAACGCGGAAGGAAUUAGAAAAGCCUUCGAAUGUCGCUUAUGAACGGCCAUGCGGUUUCCAUCCACCGGCUAACCAAAGGGUUGGAUUUCCCAACCUCCCUGUGUACGUCUUUGUUCUAGCUACGUAUUGUACACGUGUGCGAUUUCAAUGCUAA